UGAUUUUGACAUAUCACAUGAAUACAUACAAUUAUCACCAAUUUUUCCUGUUUGAAAUUAUAUCACCUGAACAAAUUGCAAGUUGUGAAAAUGGGUGAGGAGACUCGUAUUCCCAACAAAAAUAAUGAUAAUAACAAACAAAAAGAUUCAAAUGACGAAAACACUGUUGAGAGUCUAGGGAUAUCUGAUUUGGACUUGAAUGAUGUAGACAUUUCAAAUGAAGAAUUCGAAACUUUGAACAAUCAACUAGAUGCUUUGAGUUCAGCUUUGGAUGAUAUAGAAUCUAAGAAUGAUAAUAUUCACGCGCAAUUGCUGGAGUUACUUCAAGCAAAUAGAGUAAUAAGGCAGCAGAUAAGAGAUGCUAAUCUAUCCUUGGGUGGUACAGAAUCUGAAGACUUUUAAGUAAUCCUUCAGAAAUGCAGUUAUUAUUGUUAUUUGAAUGUUUAGUAAAAUAAUGGCAUCUGAUAAAUAGAAAACCUACCAUGCAAUAUUUCUUAUUCAAAUUCAUGAACAGUAGGUAAUGUAUUUUUAUAUAAGAUGUUUAGGUUAAUAGAAGUUAUAAAUAAUUCUAAAUAUCUUUUUCAAGUUUUCAUAAUAUAUCAAUGAACAUGCAUAUAAAAUUCCAUUCUAAAAAUUCAAAUAUGGCAAUUCAUUAUGAUUAUUAAUAUUUUGUUUAUAAUGGAUAGAGAAGAGUUAUAUGGGAGUCUUUGAAAUAAACUUUCAUAAUUUAUGCAAAUAUUUAUUCAAAAUGUGAAUACAAUAAUUAGCUCCUGCCUAAAUACUACUCUAGUGAUGUAGAAAUAAAAAAAACAAUAAAAAUUAAAUGAAUGUGA